CUUUUUUCAUUUUUCGAUUGAAAAAAGUUGAUUUUUGUCGUAUUGAAAAAUAUAAAGCGCAACAAUAGAAAACAAAAGCGAAACGAACGAGAAUAAAAAAAAACCGUGUGUAAAUAACGUAAAAGUGUAUAAAGUGUGAAAAUAAAUAACAAACAAGCGAUUACAAUAAAAAACGAAUCAUGUUUGCGAAAACCAAUCAUGUAGUUGUGGUGUAAAAGAGCGUCCACAAAUAUAUUCUGAAUGGGAUAUAUGCCGAUAUCAACCUACUGUAAACAUGUGUUCAUAUGAAGUUAUUCGAGCGUCAACGUCAAUUAAAAAACUAUGAGUUGUACGGGCGACAAUUUGAAUCAUUGAAAUCGCAAAUUUUUUACAUUUCUAUUGAAUACGGUGUUAGACGUACAUUUUUUUCUGUUCGUGCGUUGUUUUGAUAACGUAAUCUUCGAUAUCGCGCUAAACACAAGGCAAGAGAGUUAGUUAGAUUUGCCGUUAUCGUCAUCGUUUGCUGUUAUUGAACACAAAAGGGCUCAAGCUUAAGUUUCAUUGUUCAUACAAUUUGCUCUCUGUUGGUCUGCCUUUCACUCAACAGCCAAGCAUAAAAGUGGAGAGCGUAAAUGUGAAAAGUUGAAGAAAUGCGCAUGAAAAGCUUCUUAAUAGUAUUCGGCUGUGUUGUGAUCACCAGUUAUGUAUUUGUUAUGAUCGGUUCAACGCGAGAGCAAAAUGAUUCAAUUAAAACGAUUGUAACACAAACUCAUCGACACAUCAAAGAAAUACAGGAGAAUUUAGUAUCAAAUAACAAAAUAUUGGAAAUCGAUUCCAAAUAUUUAAGCUUAUUGGGAUUUGCAACGCCGUCGGCGUCAUCAUCGUCAUCAUCGACAACGCUAUCGUCAUCAUUGUUGCCGAAACAAGCAUCAUCACAACACCAAAUAAAUCACAAUAAAUCCAAUUUCACUGUUGUCAGUUAUGUACUUAGCGGUCAAGCAGCAUCGGCUAUAUCGCUCAUACAAAAUAUCGGCAGUAAACUUCCAAAUGAAACAUUAAUAUUGUACGAUAUUGGAUUAUCCGAGGAUGAUUCACGUGCAUUAAGUACAUAUUGUAAUAAUACAAAAUGCACUGUGAUUACAUACGAUUUAUCACAAUUUCCGACAUAUGUGAGCGAUGAACGAAUGCGAGCAUUUCGGCCACUUCUCAUCAAAGAUGCGCUAAAUCAUUCAAAAACCAUAUUGUUCAUUGAAAAUAAUGUACGAAUACGUAGUUUAACGAAUGAAUAUCGUGCCGAACUCUUCCAUCAUGUUAACAGUAACGGUGUCCUGGGUUGGACAACGAGAUUGGCUGUGUCAUCACGAACACAUCCAAAAAUGUUUGACUAUUUUCAAACCGAAGCCGAAGAUUUUAAUUUUUUGCCCAUGGUUUCAAUGGAUGCCGUACUUUUUGUUGACUCUGAUUUGGUCAAUGAGAAAAUUCUAUUACCAUGGAUUAAAUGUACACUAACAUUAGAAUGCAUUCAUCCGAUAGGUGCACAAUCCGGUGGUUGUCGUUUCAAUAAAAAACCAUUAUAUAGAUACUCUGGAUGUCAUGCAUACGAUGUAUCUGCCUUCAAUAUAGUCCUCGGCCUUACGUGGAAUUUCGAUGAAACAAAAUACUCUAAACGUGGCGAACCCAAACUUUAUUACUUAGAAACGCUCGAACAAGCAACUAAAAUUCUAGAAAACAAACGGAAGAACAUCAGCGAUACUUCCGAACAUCUAUUUACAAAUGACGAUUAAAUAUUGGAUUUGCCGCACGGUGACCAAAUCACAAAAAAUAUGUGCAUGAAAAUGCAAAUACAGCCAUGUGAAAAUAAAAUGAAAUAUGCGACACUAAUAUUUUGAAUGGGUUAUAAAAGAAAAAUGAAAAAGAAGAUACAAACGUGUGUGGUUGGUAAGAAAGAAACCAAAAUUUGAGUGAUCAAAAGUGCGCCAUCGACAAUAUAUUAAAUAAGCUUUAACACACAAUACAAUACCAGAAUGAAACAAAUUAAAUAGUUUAAAAUCAAAUCAAUAAAUAAUGAUUUAAAGUCUUAUAGAGCGAAAUGCUUGACAAUAGUUCGAUGCGUUUGCACGAUAGAAAUGUACCACAAUUGCAAAAUACAAACAAACACAGAAACCGAAUUCUGGCAAAUUGAACUCUCUGCGAUAACACUCACACAAAUAAAAUACAAUUGAAUCAAAUCGCACUCAUACACUAACAUUCGAAUGGCCAAGGAUAGCACAUUCAUGAACCAAAAAAAUUAACAACAACAAAUAUUUAAUGAAAUAAAAGAACAAACGCUAAAGUAAACACUAAAACAGUAAAUAGUAAAUUUAAUUGAAUAUUUGUAUUAUUUAGAUUAAUUGUAAUAAUUCAUUUUUCUUUUGUUCAAUUUAUUUUCUUUGUUUCCUUCAUUCUUACUGAAGAAAGCCGAUCUCUAUUAUUUUUAUUAUCAUUAUUAUUAUUAUUAUAGAUGUACUUGAUUUUGUUGUCUUAUGUACAUUUUUGUAAAUAUAUUUAAAAUUAAAAAUGAUGUUAAUUUUUUUACGGCAACCGAAUUAAAAACAAACGAACAAACUUGAUGGAAAAAUUUCUUCUGACUUAUGCAAUUUAAGUUGAUUUAUUGUAAACAUAAAAUUUAAAAGAACAAAAUGAAUGAAAUGAACAAUUUAGUCAUAAAACGAUGAAAAAAAAAGAACAAAAUAAAAAUACUUAGGAAUAAAUUUUAAAUUAAAUUUCAAUGGUAUAGCUUAGAAAAAAAAGUUAGAUUAAAAUUUACUUAAAAUAACAAGACCGAAAAACCGAGCAACUACAAAAGCAAAACAUGAAAUUAACCUUAAAACUUAAACGUUCUUUUGCUUAUUUCAACGUCGAACAAAACAUCCCCAUAGACAUAUUAGAUUGUAAUCCAUUUGUUUUAUAUAAUUUAGACACCAGUUCGCUAGACAACAAUGGCAUAAGAAAAACCUAAUGAAUGAACGAACAACAUAGUGAAAGUUAUUGAUGCUUCCACAAACGGAUAAACAAAAAUUAUAAUUACUUAAAAUAAAAAUGAAACCAGAUACAAAUAGAUGUCAUAUCGAACAAAUCAAACGAAUGCUACCGAUAGAUAACGUAUAUAAUCGAUUUUGUUUCACUUCAAGUUAAAUUAUGGGAAACAACAGAAAUUUAGAAAAAGAAUAUUCAAAAAAUGCAAAAUCCCUAUUCUGUAUUCACAUUGAUUUGAUUUCAUACAUAAAUAAGAGUUAAAAAUGUAUUACAGCGUAAACAUAUCAAAAGUUUAAUCAAACAAAUCAUAAUACAAUAACACACACUCACAUGAACAAAUUUAAAGCUUUUCGGUACGUUUGAAAGUUAAAGGUACGUUUGAAAGUAAACGAAUUUCUAUGACAAUUUUCUAAUGAAACACCUACCAUAUAGGCUAUCCAAUUUUUUUUUUCUGUUCCCAUCAAAUCCAUUCAGAUUAUUUAAACAGACGAAAGUCUAGUCAAUUUUCAUUUCUGCCUUUUUAAUGCCCUUGUUCAAAAAUGAACUUUAACGUUACCUAACACUUGUUUCAGUUUCAAGAAAACAAAAACAUAAAAGAACCAAAACCACUUAUUGCGAUUUUUGGCUUGUUGGCUUUUGUUUUUUUUUUUCAA